AUGACACUCGACCGAACUCCGAAUCCAGCAGCCAAAAUUACCUGCACUUGUGGUUUACACUUCAAAAACCACGAACUAUUCAAAGAACAUCGCAAAGCGAAGGGGUGCCGACUAUCAGAUUGCACGCCUAGUGAUCUCAAAGGCAAGCGCAUGUUCGGGUGCUCCAUUGAAGGCAAUAAGGCUACUUUUAACAACCAGGCUGAGCUACUGAAACACGCUGGGGUUAGGCAGAGAACCAGAGUGCAGCAACCGAAAUCAACUCAGGAAUCCACAGUGGCUCUCGGCGGUGCUAAUCUCCCAACUGUCGAGUACGUCUGCCGUUACGCCGGCUGCCUCAAGGUAUUGAAGGCUCCAGCCAAUCUGCGACGUCACCUAUGGGGGCAUUCAGGUCUUAAACCAGAUGAUCCAAAAGCUUGGCCUCGUUUUCUUGAAGGCGGAGAAAAGAUCUAUGGAUGCCAUACGGGUGGAUGCAGGGCUGCCUUCGAGGAUCCGGAGAAGCUAUUGAAGCACACGAAAGACGUGCACUGCAGGUGCCCAUACUGCAAGGUUCCAAUCAGCUAUGGUUUUCUCAGGCACGUCAAGUCAUGCAGUUUGCAUCAUCUCAGUCUGUCAGCAGCCACUUCAAUCCGUGGGUUAUUGACGCCCGCAUCGACUCUCGAGAUGGGAGAGGACAUCAAUCAGGGUGGAGCAAUACCAGCAAAUAAUUUACGAGAAGACUCAACCAUCUACAUAUCAAAUGGCGCCCCUUACAGCUCUGCUAUGGCCUUCCAACCUCAACAACCCGUCAGUCUUGAUGCCGACCCGGCCGAGUACGGCGACAACGACGGCCACAAUUCGCCCCCCAUGCUUCAUAAUGAACAUCUAGUUCGCGGUGCCCAUCAGCAGACAGGCCUUAAGAGGAGACACCAACUGCGGCGACGUGAGCAAACACGCAAAAGGCUUAGAACCCGAGAGCGGAACGCAUCCGAAACAACAGCGACUCCCGAGGUGGAAGACAGCGGUCAGAAUCAGGAUGCUAGAAACGAACCAGAAAGCCAGAUGCUAUCAGAGGCACAAUCAGGGGUUCAACCAGAUCACCAACCCCAGCAAGUUGCCGAGAACACUACCCACGGCUGGUUUUCCGUCAUCCUCAACUCACCCGCAACAAUCACUUCCGAUCAUAGCAUACAACCUCUGGCCGACGACUCAGGUCAUACGUAUGAACCUUCUCAGGCUCGCUCUCCUCUGCAAGCAAGUCCAACGGCUUCACCAUAUUCGACAAACGAGCUCCCUCGUCACUGCGACCUGUUGACAGCUGGAGAUGGCACAGUCAGGUUGGCAUCCGAACUCGACUAUUCUAAGGAGGUCGCGGCCACGGUACAGCACUCAGGUCACCCAGUGACAGCACUCUCAGCAGUCGCGCAAUCUACAGAGGGAGAGCCUACCGAAUCUCGACGCAAAUUCAGGCCCCGCAAUGCUAUCAAGUUGCUCAGUGCCCCCCCUUCGCCACCGAGGGUCACGUCAGAUCCAGUGGGUGGUCCGACACUUGUUUCCUCCGAUGGAAUCCAAUCUUCUGGACCUCGGGCAUCGUGGCUAGGCAGAGACAGUGCGGCCAUUCAUGUAUCGGAUGAGCCCUCAGACCACCUACUAAACGACUCUCCAACUGUACUCUUCGACGAUGAAGAAACUGGAUCCGACACGACUCUCGCUGGUGAGGAAGACAGGCGGUCACUUUCCCCUGCCCCCGUCAGCGGUAGGGCAUUUCACAGGGCCUACAGGCAAGAGUUUGAAGAAAUGGGAGUCAGAAUACGCAAUACUCGAGAGCAACAAGAUAUAUCCGAACCGGCAGCGACUCUCGAGAUGGAGCAUAUCGACCAGGAUCAGGGCCAUGGAGCGAACGAUGGGCCUCAACCACAACCAACUUCCUCGAUGGAGUCAACCGCGAAAGGCAACGAACCGUCUCAGCGUACACAUAUCUCGAACCCGGAAAGAAUGCACCGGCGUAAUUCCCCAACGACACUUCAUUCACCUGUUGCCACCCAACCACAACAACCCAUCCGCCCCCCCCCCCGGCCAGCAGCUACCUCAGCUCGAAGCUCCUGUCAAGCUCCGGAGACCUUCGCCUACUGUUGGGGGCAAGGAUCACGAUCAUCGUGA